CCUUUGCACUUGUAAUAACAUCUGUCAUUGGUCAAUUUUCGGUCAUUGAUUUUUCUACGAAAAUGGCCAUAUGAUUGCAAAACAUGGGAUAGUCAGUGACACCGUUUCGUGACAAGGGACUACAAUACUGCAAGUGUUUCUGAACUUGAAUCGCUUAGCCAGCGAAAACAUAAUACUGAUUUGACCUAACUCACAACUCAGGUGUCAUAUGUUAGGUUAAACGAAGAAUGUUUUGAUCAUUACAUCACACACAUUUUACGUUGGGAUGUGACAUUGAAAUUAGGUAGAACGCAUUUCCCUUGUCUGUCACACACUGCAGUACAAACAUUAUCUGUAGGAAUAUUAUUGUUAUAUAUAUUACAUGACCUUGUCGAAGAGAAGGGGAAUUUAAUUAAUAAAAACGUGACGUAAACCUUGAUAUUUUGCAUUUACAUAAGAAACUUUUACAGGGAAAAUGAAUAAAAUUGGGAGAAUUUAUCCCUGGAAAGAUGGGUUAUUUAUGAUUAAAAGACAUCCCCAAAGUAUACUUUCGAAAGGACACCCAAAGGACAUUGCAAAUCAACCAAAGGAGCAUGUGUUUCGAUGUCAACAGUGUAGGAAAUUGCGAACUGUUUCAAGCCUACCUUCAUUCAACAUAACAGGAUCAUAUGGAAUCUUCCAUUCACAGAGAAAGCAGCUUCCAUUUGGAAUUUCAAAAUGCCUCAAGACAGAGAUCCAGGCUUUUUCUAAUUUGUUGAAGAGAUCUGGUUUCCAUAGCAACCAUGAGUUAAUGCAACUGUUUGGAUUAGGAGGGGCCCGUCACUUCAGCACCUCCUCCGGUCGUCAACAGCAACAAGAUGGUGACAAAGAUGACAAGGACGAUAAGGACAAGAAAAAUGAGAAAGAUAAGCUUCCCCCUCUGCCACGGCUCCUGAUCUGGUUCUGGCUUGCAGUGACGGUGUACACUGCAAUGCGUAUGACGCAGGAACAAGACACCAACUACUACAGAUACAUCUCCUGGAACGAGUUCUACCAUGACAUGCUUGCCAAAGGGGAGGUCGAUGAGAUCAAGGUCAGCCCUGAGUCGGAGACAUGCAUCAUUCAGUUGCAUAAAGGGGCUGUCGUCAAGGGAAAGAAGAGUGAGUUCAUGUACUAUACCAUGAAGGUGCCCGACCCCUACAAGUUUGAGGAGAAGGUGAGGAGGGCCGAGGCUGAGCUUGGCAUCAAACCUGAGCAAGGUGUGCCCAUCUCCUAUGACAGGAAGAGCUCAUGGCUUGCCUUCAUCUUCAUGGCAGUGAUUGGCUUGGCUCUCUUCCUGUUUCUGCGCAGCGUCACGAAGGUGUCGCUCCCGAACCCCUCCGACAUGUUUGCCAAUGAGCGCAAGGCCAAGUUCGUGCGGGUGGAUGUCAUGUCUCAGCAGGGCAAGGGUAUCAGCUUCAAGGACGUUGCAGGGUUGAAGGAGGCCAAGGUCGAGGUCAUGGAGUUUGUGGAUUAUAUGAAGACCCCCCAGAGAUUUAAGGAACUGGGGGCGAAGAUUCCUCACGGAGCACUGUUGUUGGGUCCACCAGGUUGUGGCAAGACACUGCUGGCAAAAGCUGUGGCCACUGAAGCACGAGUCCCCUUCCUGGCCAUGGCAGGAUCUGAGUUCGUCGAGAUGUUGGGAGGUCUGGGAGCAGCGCGAGUGCGAGACUUGUUCAAGGAGGCCAGGAAACGGGCUCCGUGUAUCAUCUACAUUGAUGAGAUCGACGCCAUCGGGAGGAAGAGGAGCGGCAGCUCCAUGGGCGGCAGUGCAGAGGAGGAGCACACCCUCAACCAGCUGCUGGUGGACAUGGACGGCAUGGGCACCAUGGAGGGCGUCAUUGUCCUCGCCUCCACCAACAGAGCCGACAUAUUAGACAGGGCUCUGCUGCGUCCUGGCCGAUUUGACCGUCACAUCAUGAUUGACCUCCCAACACUCGAAGAGAGACGGGAAACAUUUGAGAUGUAUCUGAAGAAACUGAAACUGGCUGAACCUCCCUCAGUGUAUGCUCCCAGACUCUCCCAGAUGUCCCCAGGGAUGAGUGGUGCCGACAUCGCCAACAUAUGCAAUGAGGCGGCCAUCCAUGCCGCCAGGGAGACCAAGAAGAAGGUUGAUGCGUUGGACUUCGAGUACGCUGUGGAGAGAGUUGUGGCUGGUGUGGAGAAGAAGACCCGCCUUCUGUCCCCCACAGAGAAGAAGAUCGUGGCCUACCAUGAAUCUGGUCAUGCUCUGGUCGGCUGGCUUCUCAAGUACACAGAUGCUCUGCUCAGGAUAUCCAUUGUGCCAAGAACCAACAGUGCCUUAGGAUUUGCUCAGUACAUGCCCUCUGACCAGAAGCUGUAUUCUUCUGAUGAGCUGUUUGAGAGGAUGUGUAUGGCGCUGGGAGGUCGUGCAGCUGAGGCAAUCAUCUUCAACCACGUCACUACUGGGGCUCAUGAUGACCUUCAGAAGGUGACCAAGAUGGCGUUUGACCAGAUCCGGUCGUACGGCAUGAAUGACAAGGUGGGGUACCUGUCCUUCCCCCCGGAGUCGACCGACGACCUCGGCACCAAGCCCUACAGCAAGAAGCUGUCAGCCAUCAUGGACGAGGAGGCGAGGAGCUUGGUGAACCGAGCUUACCACCACACAGUGGAGAUCCUGGGAAACAACAAGGACAAGCUUCACACGCUGGCUGCCACACUGCUGAAGGCCGAGGUUCUGACGUACGAUGACAUUGAGAAGCUGAUCGGGCCCCCACCACACGGGAAGAAGAACACAAUAGAGCCGCACGGCUGGGAGGGAAUCAUGCCCGAAAAUAACGACGUCGGCCCCGAGAAACGGAGGAGGAAUAGUAGCAGAAAGUCCAAACGGGAACAGCUGUGAUCACUGACUUCUCAGCAUCUGAAUCACACAGACAAACCAGUGCCAUUCUCAGGCAAUUGGUGGAAUACGAGACUUGAUUCACAAGUCACUGGUUUUUGAUGGCCAUGACGACUGGGUUAGACACAGAGAGUAGUCUGUUAGUCCUGAGACUGGUCAAAAUGUCAGUUGAGCUCUGGAUUAGCUCGAAUUCUCAUUUCUGGUCACUGUGCAAAAUAAACAUUAAAGUCAAGGACCCCUGGUCAUAACGCUAAUGUCAACAGUUAAACAUUUAGGGUGUUCCUAGAUCCCAGAACCUCCGUUAAUUUCGAACACAGCUUGUUAUUACUGUGAAAUACAUUCGUGACACAGUAUUUGCUGUUGAUUUGAAAUGUUCCACACAGGAUUGUUUAUCCUCGAUUAUUAAGUCUACUACAUGUCCAUUUUGUUAGGAUAAAUACCCUGGACUCAUUCGCCACUGCCAUUUCUCUUUAACUUAGCACAGAAUUUCUCUCGCUUGUGAGACAGUAAUAUUUAGCACCAUGCUGUUAGAAAUGGGCUCAAAACAAAGCUAUGUUUGUUUGUUUGUUGUUUAACGCCUCACUCAGCAAUAUUCCAGCUAAAUGACAGCGGUCUGUAAAUACUCGAGUCUGGACCAGACAAUUCAGUGAUUGAUAUCAUGAGCAUCAAUCCACGCAAUUGGGACCAGAUGACAUGCAUCAGCCAAGUCAGUGAGCCUGACCACCCGAUCCUGUUAGUUGCCUUUUGCGACAAGCAUGGGUUGCUGAAGACCAAUUCUAACCCCGAAUGUUCAGGGGACAACAAAGCUAUGUCAGCAAUUGGGUCCAGGUUGUUUAUCCUAAUGGAAUGGAGAUAUAAUACCCUGGAUAAUCAAGGAUGGGUUCUGUUGUGAUAUGAUACAUCUGGUAAAUGUAAUCAUGUGUCUGCCACUUGAAAGUACACAGGGAAUAUAAAUAUAUUUAACUAUCUAACUUUCAUGGUCCUGCCUCAAACUGAAAUCUCACACCAUGAGAACUGAACAAUGUGUGAUAGGUGUUUGCAUUGUGUGUGCUUCAUUGUUUAUACUGUGUGCAUCAGAUUUGUACAGACUGAAGACUGAGUCAAAUAUGAUAAUAAAUUUCCUAUGUUACUG